AACCCAUCCGGAGUCUCAGUGACGUUCGAAGCUUCGGACGUCAUCAGUCACGUGCUUAUUUCAAUUCGAUACAAGCUCCAACACUGGGUUUCGAACCAGUGUGCUUUGCGGGAGUGAUACAAGCUUCGGUGCCUCGGUGUCAAACGUCCCAUCACUACCUCCAGCCACACGUUCAUUCAUUCGGUGGCAGUUGAGCUCACAACAACCGGUAGUUUUCUGUCUUGCUACCGGGUCAGUUCAUGGUUAACUUCGAGGUCUUCGUGUUCUGCUUCACUUUUACACUCUGGACGGUCUUUGUUCCUUUUAGCACGGCACUACAGACGGACCUUAAAGUUGAAAAACUCUACUAACUGGUGCCAUCUUGUGACAGAAAUACACCACUGCGCCUGCUUAUCCUUGUCCUCUGAUCAGUCAUGUGGAGAAGAUGAUCCUGCUCAUCAUCCUGCUGCUCAUCAUCCUGACCUCCUGUGUCUCUGGAACAUUAGUAGUGAAUGUGACCCAGAGCUCCUAUCAGGCAGAGGAGAACCAGGAGAUCACACUGGAGUGGACCUUCACAACCAACAAUCACAGUUCCUCCAACUCUCUGAAUAUCUUCUGUGAACUGAUAACUGACAGACCCUUAGGUCUGUUGAGUCUCCAUGAAGGAGUUGAGGUCCCAAAGUCUCAGGAUGAACAGUUUGCAGGACGAGUCCAGUGGGACAAAGACGUCCUCAGAGAAGGACGACUCAGACUUCAUGUGUCCAGACUCAGGACUGAGGACUCGGGAAUGUAUGUCUGUAAAGUGUUCACACGUUAUGGGAAGAACUCUGGUAGAUGUUGGCUCAAUGUCACUGAGCCACGCUCUGUUAAAGCCUUGACGAUGGAGAUGCCGCUGCAUCCCAAAAUCCUCCAGACUCCAGGUCCAAAUGAUGAGACGGAUGUUCAAGGUGGGCGUCUGUACCUGAGCGUACCGAUCCUCGGUGUGUUUGGCUGCAUCGUCCUGAUCCUGGGUGCUGGACUCAGCGCAUAUUUACUCAAACUAAGGCAUCAACACCAAGCUGUAAGUCAGGACAACUUCUUCAUUUAAGAGAGAGCACCAGCACUACCUUCACUACUACGUCUGGGACAACGUUCAGUCGGGAGAUGAUGACCUCCGCGGUAUUUCACCGGACCUUUUAACCGACCCACGGUGGAAGAAGUCUCUCAGGGCUCUCCUCCACCAGCUGGGGGGGAACUGGGAGGGAAAUACACCGUUCACACACUGGCUCUUUGUGGUUCUGUUGUUGUAACGACGCUGUGUGACCAGAGGCCCGCGCUACGGAGCAAGGUUUGGCCUCAACGAGGUGACUUCAGGGUUUGGUGGAUCACGGCAGUGGAUCGCUUGUGGCCGGGUCAACGGCGCCUUCACAUGGGCACAGUAACCACGGCUGUAAAACGACCGAGAGUCCUUCAUUUCCUUACGGAGAUUCACAGACCCCAUGUGAAUGGGUCCGAACCGAUGCAAAUGGGUGCCUCGCACACCGACGCUCCAAAACCGAAAUAAUGACCUGACAACAGACGAAGAAAACACAGAGACUAAAUACAAGAGGGAACGAGGUGAUACAAGCACUCGGUAACCGGUGAAACCAGUCAGGGUGGGGCAGACCAUCACUAAAGUGCAGGAAGUAAAACAAGACAUGACAAGGGAGAAAAAUGGACUACCAAAAUAAAACAGGAAACACAACAAAUACACAAUCAUAACCGCAGCAGCCUUUCUGUUUAUAUUUACAUAGAUAGAUAGAUAGAUAGAUAGAUAGAUAGAUAGAUAGAUAGGAGGUCAGAGAAUUUUUAUUCGGAGCUGAUUUCAAGUGCCAGUGUGAAGGCGGCGUUACGGAGAGUCCACGGAUCUGAACUGGAUUACUGCGGUUUAGUCACAAUGUCAAUCUUGGAAGAUUUAAAAUUACAUUUCACACAAACACAACCUCCAAAGUUAGGCCAAUAACCUCUGACACUCUGACCUUCUCUUUACAAUCUAAGACUUGAGAUGGUAAAGGCACCAUGGUGCUUCAUUUCUUUUUUUUACCUGUUCUCUCUCUCCACUCCGUAACUGACCCCAGCCUCACCUUAUUUAUAUUAUAGCCUAUAUUACAUUGUUGGGUUUUAUUAUUUAAAAACUAUAUGCACUGAAGGAUCUCUGUGUGUCUUGAAGAUCUAAAAUCAUCUUGCACAUCUAAGGCGGGACUGUUUGUUAUCCAUUCUGUUUCGGGGAUGAUAUGAUUUACUCUCUACAUUCAAGAUAUUUAGAGUAUUCUCUAGUUUGUUGCACUUGGUUCUUUUUUUUCAAAUGUUGCUCUAAUGUUUGGUCUCGUGGUUACAAGGAGAAGCUGCUAAAUAAAUCACAUUUUUGAAAUGAC